AUGCGAGGAAUAACACUACUUCUUUUGGUGGGCGCUGCUGCCAAACCCGCCAUCCCAAACCAGGAUGCCAGCACGAGUAUCCAACAGUCCACCGACUUGGAUACAUGCAGCACUACAUCGACCAGUAGGCAAUGGUUAAUCAUAUGUGGCACUAGCAUUUUCUGGCCAACGUCAACCGACUAUUUCUAUGGCCCCACCACAGGCCCGAAGGCCUCUGCAGUGUCCUGCAAUGCCGCAUGGGUCCAAUUUGACGAGCGUGCCAGAGGACUAGAAUCUCUGGGCGCCACAUCCACGUCCACCUCUUUCCCCUCAUAUAUCACCAGCACCGGAGCUUGUAACACCAAUAUCCGUGGCGAAGGCCUUCAUGACACUCAUACUGGUCCAGUCACCACUCUCUGUGAUGGGGUUCCACGCGCACUAGGCCCUCGAGAAUCUAUAACGGAAUUUUGGCCUGGCACUGGGCCUUGCAGCUCAUUCAUGGUCACCGAGACCAGCACUACAUUAGUCUAUCGGUCGCCUUCACCCACACCGAAGUGCAAACUGAAUACACGAGAUUGCAUCCCCGUCUGGCAGACCUACAAUAGUCUACAGCAAGCUUAUUAUUCCUCCAUCACGACAGAGAUUCCCGGAGAUACCAAGAGUCCUAUUCGACCGGGAAGGUGUCCAUCCACGAAGCGUACCACUACGACCGCCGAUGCAUGCAACAAUUGCCAUUAUCUCCCAGAUACAGCAACCCUUUUUUACUGGCCUGUGAGUACCGUUAGCGGUGACCUCUGUCUGCAAAACGGAAGCACUGUUCCUGCCACUCCGACAGCAGACGGGCCUAAUACUGCCGUUGUUAACGGGAACACCUUCGUCUCGCCAACCGUUUACGUCUCAUUCACAAGCAUCUACGCCAGGGGUAAUUCACGUUCCCACCCCAAUGGUGCCUGCGGCGACGAUCACAAAGAUGUCAUUAUUUCAGUCGAUCCCGGGUCAGUCACAUCGUACCGUCACCACACCAACGCGAGAUAUCCAAGGAUUGGAACAGCAUAUCCCUUUAACUUUGCCGAGUUUCAACCGCAUCCGGUCGGGAAUUACACGAUGUCCCUCAUCCCAUGGGAGCAGUAUCUUGGGGGGUCGCAGUGUGUUCUGGGAGGUGGUGGUUGUACCAUGAUUCGCGACGACUAUCUCCCUUGGAUGGAGAUACCAGAUGUUAUGACGCAGAUUGAUCCCCGAUGGACUUCAUGCCAUCGAUCAUGGUAUUUGCCACCGGUCAGUCUAGUUCCACUGGUGGGUGGACUCGAGCCACAACAGACAGGCGUUGCAAAGGCUACCCAAAAGACGCAGGCUGCUCCGAUGUCCGGACUGACAGCGCCGACUCCGAAACCUACUCAUUGA